AUGUUUCAACUUGAAGACCUUCUUCCAUAUCUCUUACCCAUUCUCUUGUUAAUCCUUCCCAUACUACUCUUCUUCUCAACAAAACCAAACAAGAAACAAAAACCACUUUCUUCAUCUUCAAUCAACAACAACAUCACCAUCCCAAAAUCAUACCCUCUUAUUGGUUCCUACUUAUCUUUCAAAAAAAACCUACACCGCCGUAUCCAAUGGCUCUCCGACAUCGUCCGAAUCUCCCCCUCCGCCACUUUCCAGCUCAACGGCACCUUAGGCAAACGCCAAAUCAUCACCGGAAACCCAUCCACAGUCCAACACAUUCUUAAAAACCAAUUCUCCAACUACCAAAAAGGCACAUCCUUCACAAACACCCUCUCCGAUUUCCUAGGAACCGGAAUCUUCAACACCGACGGCCAAAACUGGAAGUUUCAAAGACAAGUCGCAAGCCACGAAUUCAACACCAAAUCAAUCCGUAACUUCGUUGAACACAUAGUCGACACUGAACUCACCAACCGUUUAAUCCCAAUCCUCACUUCAUCAACCCAAACAAACAAUAUCCUCGACUUUCAAGACAUCCUCCAACGUUUCACUUUCGACAACAUCUGCAACAUCGCUUUUGGUUACGACCCAGAGUAUCUAACACCCUCAACCAACAGAUCGAAAUUCGCAGAAGCAUACCAAGACGCAACGGAAAUAAGCAGUAAACGUUUCCGUUUACCGUUACCAAUCAUAUGGAAAAUAAAAAAAUACUUCAACAUAGGUUCGGAGAAGCGUCUCAAAGAAGCAGUAACAGAAGUACGAGGUUUCGCGAAAAAACUAGUACGAGAAAAGAAACGAGAACUAGAAGAGAAAUCAUCGCUUGAAACAGAAGAUAUGUUAUCACGGUUCUUAAGUUCGGGCCAUUCAGAUGAAGAUUUUGUUGCUGAUAUUGUAAUAAGUUUUAUUUUAGCAGGUAAAGAUACAACUUCAGCUGCAUUAACGUGGUUUUUCUGGCUGUUAUGGAAGAAUCCGCGCGUUGAGGAAGAGAUUGUGAAGGAAGUGAAUGAGAAAUCUAAGUCAUUGGUUUAUGAUGAAGUGAAGGAAAUGGUUUAUACUCACGCGGCAUUGAGCGAGAGUAUGAGAUUGUAUCCGCCUGUACCGAUGGAUAGUAAGGAGGCGAUAAAUGACGAUGUUUUGCCCGACGGGAGGCUUGUGAAGAAAGGGACAAUUGUGACUUAUCAUGUUUAUGCAAUGGGGAGGAUGAAGAGCUUGUGGGGUGAUGAUUGGGCUGAGUUUAGGCCGGAGAGGUGGUUGGAGAAAGAUGAGGUGAAUGGGAAGUGGGUUUUUGUGGGGAGAGAUUCGUAUUCUUAUCCGGUUUUUCAGGCUGGGCCUAGGAUUUGUUUGGGGAAGGAAAUGGCUUUUAUGCAAAUGAAGAGGAUUGUUGCGGGGAUUGUUGGAAAGUUUAAGGUUGUUCCUGAGGCGCAUUUGGCUGAAGAACCCGGGUUUAUUUCUUUUUUGAGUUCCCAAAUGGAAGGUGGGUUUCCUGUCACGAUUCAGAAGAGGGAUUCUUGA